CACAGUUAGAGCGCAGCCACCGGCGCCGUCUACUUGCUGGGGGGGUGGCGCUCACGCACGAACGCACGCACGCAGCCAGCAGGCGGAGAUGCUCACCAUCGCCUGUUAUUAACGUUAAUAUUGUUAUCCCCCGCGUCACUCGCCUCCAGGAACGAGACGGCGCCCACCGCCCGCACCAGCCCUGGCUUCGAGGGACUGUGGCCGGCUCAGGUGCAGCGAGCCCGCCCGCCUGCCCGCCCGUGAUUGCGACGGCCACGACGACGACAAAGUUGAGGACAUCAAGUAUGUCGCCAUUGUUAACGAGUAGUGAUGGGAUUCCUCCGCGCUCAGCUAUCCGAGCGAGGUUUACUUGAACAAAGAGUCUGCAGAUUGGUGAAGAAUGGCUGGAUGACCCCAAAGCAGUGAUGCCUACCGCGUGUUUUGACAUCCUAGCUCUCUGAAAGCAACCUUGUCAGCGAAGUCAUCUACUAGCUACACCAACGAUGGAGACGAAAGCGAGGCGGGAGGAGGAAGCGCCGCCGAGAGACGCCGAGACGGAGGAAGACGCCACUUCGGGCCACACAUGCGGCGUGUGCGGCCGCAGCUUCCCGCUCCUGAGCUCGCUGUCACAGCACAUGCGGCGGCACACUCGCGAAAAGCCGUACAAAUGCCCUUACUGCGACCACAGGACGGCGCAGAAGGGAACCCUCAAGGCGCAUAUCCGAAGCCACAAGCUGGGCCUGUUUGGCCUCGGCGACCAACAGACGGAAGAGGAGAUACCGGACACUCCCGAGGCUGUGAAGAAGAAACCAAACAAGAAAAAAGCAAAAGAUUUGGAGCCAGAGUGCUCGGACGCCGGGCCCUUUCCCUGCAGCGUCUGCGGUCAAGACUUCGCCCAGGUGCCGUUACUCAAGUCGCACAUGAAGCGGCACCGCAGCGCGCAGGAUCACGGCUGUCGCAUCUGCGGCCGCCGCUUCCGCCAGGCGUGGUUCCUGCAGAGUCACAUGCGCAUCCACCGGGUCAAAGCGCAGAUGCGGGGCGGCAAGAGCGACGAGCCGCCCGCCACCGUCAACGGAGUGCCGCAGGACCCCGCCGCGCUCACCAACGACGAGUGCCUCUACGAGCUCUGCGGUAACUGCGGCCACUUCUUCACGGACAGCAAAACCUUGCACUUACACGAAAGGUUGCACAAACACAGCCAGAAGGCACCGCAAGACCUCGAGGCCUCGCAGGUGACUAAAAACCAUUUUUUGGAAAGCCUCAACCUCACCCGCGUCGCACUGAAGGAUGCUCAAGUGGAAAGGAAUCUGGGCCGGAGAAUCCCAGAGCUGGAUCCCCUGUGCAGCUACCAGGCCUGGCAGUUAGCCACAAGGGGGCGACUGGCGGAAGCCGCCGAGAAGUGCGUCGGCUGGGAGGAGCGACUCGCCGACGCCGACGUGGCCUAUGACACGGCGAAGGGUCAAUACGUGACCGCCAAGCCGGAGAAGAAGAGGAAGCCCAUCGAUGUGCCCGCUUCUGGCGCCAAGAAGAAGAAGGGCGACACCGGCCUCGAGCAGGCUGCCAAGGCCGCCUUGGAGAGGAAGAGUUGCCAGAAAGAGCGCAUUUUGCUCAACGGGCUUGGGCAAGCCUUUUACGAGGCGUUGCAGCACAGAACGAGCAAAGACAAAGAAGGCAACAGGAAUCAGGACCAAGAAGAUGAAAAGCCUUUCUUGUGCGAGCACUGCGACUUCCACACUGCGGACGCCUCACUACUCAGGGCUCACGUGCACGCGCAGCACCAGGACGGCAAACCGACCGCGGCGUCUGAGAACCCGGCCGGCCCAAGUAGCUCCAAGGGCUCCAGGUACGUGGACUACCUCCGGAAAAGGAGCGCGCUGCUUUGUCAGCCGUAUUGGAACCCCUACCCCGGCUUGCCCAAUGAGCUGAACAUUAAAACGGAGAUGUCUAGCGACUAUGAGGCAAGGACGGGCAGCGAUUUAGGAAGUCUUCUCAACUUGUCGUCACUAGCGGGCAAUAAAGGACCGGACUGGGUCCAAAAGGAAGGUCUGCUGAGGCAUCAGUGUCCGUACUGUUCCCACGCCACUUGCUACCCCGAGGUGCUGUGGAUCCAUCAGCGGGUGUCGCACAGGGUGGGCAGCCGCAGCGCAGCGGCCCCCAAGUGGGCGCCGUUCACUAACGGCGUCCGGACUCCAAAGACUUUCCCGUGGAGGCGCACGGGACCCCCGCCCUUCCUCGAAGGGAAAGACUGCCCGACGUUGCCCGCGCCCAGAAGCCAGCGCACGCAAGCGCCAGCAGGGAGCAGCACCAAGCAGGCGGCCGCUAAGAGCCAUUCAGGUGCCAAGUCCAAGCCUCAGGCCAAGGAGGUGAAAGCUUCGGAUUCUCGGGGGAGGGCGAAGUCAGAGCAAAAGCGCACGACGGAGAGCGCCGGCAAAGCGAGCUCGUCCGGGAAAAGUGUCUCCGGUAGAACCGCGACGGAGGGAACCUUUCCAAAGGAGGGCCUCGGCUUCAUGUUGAGUCACGGCGGCGCGUCUUCCAAAUCGGAUCGACACCGCCCCCAGAGGCUCCCCUCGCCGAGUCCCAAAGGGGCCGACCUCUGGGCCGCCAUGAGCAUGUGGGGCCACCGGGCCUACUUCGAACCGCUGCUUUACGCUCAGGCCAAGACUGACGCCGAAGUCCCGGAGACGCCACCGGACUUUGACGUGGUGAGCCUCCUCAAGAGCUACAGUCCGCACGAGCUGGCGGCUCUUUAUCAGCACUGGGGAUUUGUGGACCCCAGGUUGGAUCCGCAGGCGGCGUUGCGGCACAACGGACAUUUUGAAAAUGAAGUCCAUUCCUCCUCCGAAGCUUCCAAACAGGUGACCAGCCGCUCCACUUCCACCUCAGGGUCACUCCAUAAAGGAACGUGAAGACCAUCAAAGACCCCCACCUCGCCGCCAUCCUGACAGAAUAAGACAAAUGUGGAAAAUAUGUAACACAGCAAGGUGGACCCAUCAGCACUCGUUUCAGUUCCCACUGUACAGACCACUUACAUGAAAAUGAGCUGUUAAAUCAAAUCAAAUGUGACGUUUGGUAUGA